UGAAAUCCCUAAAUCGAGAAGAGAAUGGAGUCGAUUAUCAACGCGGCAGUGGAAGAGAUAUGUGCUGAAGUUAACAAUGGACUCACUCUUGAAGCGCUAUGGGCGAAGCUUAAGAACUCAUCCUCCAAUCUUCAUCUCUCUCCUUCCGUCAAAAAAGCCAUAUGGAAAAACCUUCUCUGCAUUCCCACUCUUAGGUUCCAACCACAACCCUCUUCUUCCGAAUUAGAAGAUGCAGAGAACCUCAAUUUGAAGAUAUUCGCUCGACAGAGCCUUGCCGAUAAUUUUCUAGGUCUUUACGAUUCUCAAUCUCUUCAACAUGCGCAAACGCGUGUUCUUCACCUUCUCGCUAAUGCUAGAUCCAAUGGUCUCACUCAAACUCAGCUUGCUAAGCAUUUGCACAUUGAUGCAAAUAACUUUCAUUAUGUGUUGCGUAGUCUCGAGUGUCAAGGCUUAAUUGUAAAACACUCUGCUAUUGAAAGGAAGAAACAAAUAUCCUCUCACGGUGAAUCCAAAAAUUAUCCAUGUGUUACUACUCAUUUAGUGUACUUACAUCGCUAUGCCAAACAUCUUGCCUCUAAUCGCAGGUUUGAAUUUGAAAUUAACAAAUUCAACGCCAAGGAUGAGGAUGCAGAUGGAACCACGCUUCAAACACAUGUUCUUCUUAAGGAUUAUACGCCUCAAAUGAAAGCUAUUUGUGACAAACUUGCAAAAGCCAAUGGCAAGGUUCUUCUUGUGUCUGAUAUUAGGAAGGAUCUUGGUUAUUGUGGAUCGCGUCCAAGACAAAGGGCUUGGAGACAGAUUUCUCACAGGUUGGAAGCAGAUGGUAUUGUGAAGCAGUUUAAUGCUAAGGUGAAUGGCAAGAUUGAGGCUUGCCUGCAGCUUCUUGAUCCAAUAACUACUGGAAAUGUAAAUGAAGAUAAGAAGUUGAACUCUGGGAAAGUUAUUGAUCAGCUUGUAGAGCUUCCUAUUGAGCAUCAAAUUUUUGAUAUUAUUGAUUCCGCAGGUUCAUGUGGCAUUACUCUGAAGGAGAUCUGUGAGAGGCUUGGGAUUGACCUUAAAAAGAAUCACAUUCGACUGAUAAAUUUGUGCUAUAGAUUUGGAAUGAAAGUGCAGGAAGAGCAAUGCUUAAAAUCUAAGACAAUCCGAGUUUGGACUUCUAAAAAUUUCAAUCCUGAACCAGAAGUUGAACUUAUUUGCAAGCUUGAUGAAAAUAAAAAUUUAAACCAACUUGUGCCUGGCAGUUCAAAAAUAAUAUCUGAAUUUGAGACUUCAACUAUUAGUGGAGAAGUUGCUGACCCUGCAAAAUUGGAAGAAACAGGAAUUGGUGCAGAACUAUCUUGUGUAUUUCCAAGAAAUAUACAGUCAAACUUUGUAGAAACACCGACAGACUUGCAAGAUUUUGAUCUUGACCAAAGGGCUAUUGUUUCUCAAAGCACAUUGGCCAGUUCAUCAUUGGAGGCAGACAAUGCACCAUCAGGAGCUUUUCAAUCUGAUGUGAUGAAACCAUUCUCUACUGGAACAUAUCAAAGAUGUGCAAGUUUAUCUUUCACUGUAGAUAGCACUAGACGGGCAAAUAGGAUACUAGAAAGACUAAAGGAUGAAAGGUUCAUUUUGAAACCCGAGAUAAUUAGGUGGCUUAGUAGCUUUGAGAAGGAUAAGUCUACAAAAUUGGACCGCAAGACUAUUGACCGAAUAUUGUUUAAACUUCAGGAUCAAGGGCAGGUUAAAUGCAUUACAGUACAUUCCCCUGUUAUUUCUGAAUAUUCCAGGACAAAAGAUUGCAUGGUGGUUGUGCAUCCAUCCAUAAGUCUAUCUCCUGAGUUAUUUGAUGAAAUUCAAGAUAGAGUGCGAUCAUUUAAUAAUUAUAUUCGGAGCAAAAGUACUUUGUGUCAGAAAAAUGAUGAAUUAAUACCUGUAAUGGAUGAUAUUCAGAAAAAUCAAAGCCUUAUAGUUCCAGAUGGGCGGGAUGGUAGAGCAGAAGCUAUGCGUGCUAAUGGAUUUGUAUUAGCAAAAAUGAUUCGUGCAAAGCUUCUGCACAGUUUUCUUUGGGAUUGUUUGCAUAUGUCGACAAGCCAGAAUGCUUUAUCAUCUAAAAAUUGUGUCUAUGAGCUAACUGAUAAUCCUCAUAGUAGCAGCAAACUAUUUUCUCUAGAAGCAGCUAUUAAAGAAAUUCCAAUUGAACUAUUCUUACAAGUUGUUGGGUCCACUCAAAAAUAUGAAGAAAUGAUUGAAAAGUGUAAGAUGGGUUUACGACUCUCUGAUCUUCCUCUAGAGGAGUACAGGUGUUUAAUGGAUGCUCAUGCAACGGGAAGGCUAUCAUUAGUUAUUGACAUUUUACGGCGCUUAAAGCUGAUUCGGAUGGUUACCAAUAUGCACUCUAUGGAUGGAAUCAAAGCCGCUCAUACUUUUACUCAUAUGAUGGAGCUUAGGCCUUAUAUUGAGGAACCCCUUUCAAAUGAUGCAGCAUCUUUAAAUUUUAUAUCUCUUGAUCUUCGACCAAGAAUUAGGCAUGAUUUUAUUCUGUCUAGUAGAGAUGCAGUUGAUGAGUAUUGGCAAACAUUGGAGUAUUGCUAUGCUACUGCUGAUCGAAGAGCUGCUUCAUAUGCAUUUCCUGGAUCUGUGGUCCAUGAGCUUUUCCGCUUCCGUUCAUGGGCAUCUACUCGUCUUAUGACAGCUGAACAACGUGCUGAGCUUUUAAAGCGUGUAGCAAAGGAUGAUCUUAGGGGAAAAAUUUCUUAUCGGGACUCUGAGAAGAUUGCAAAAGAUCUGAAUCUUACCUUGGAGCAGGUACUUAGUGUGUAUUCUGGCAAGCGUCGCCGUUGCCUUAAUCAGUUUAAAGAUGAGGGGAAAGAUAAUAAUUUACUUGAAUACAAGGGCAGUUCAUCUUGUCGCAGGAGAAAAAGAUCCACUGAUCUCAGGCCAGCAAAACAUGCAAGAAUCGAUGCAGCAACUGAUUUUGCGGGCAUGCACAUAGAACCACAUAAUUUGGGUGUACAUUCAGGAGAGCAUGCCACCCAUAUGCAAGAAUCUGAGGGGGAUGAUAAUGAAGUUGAGGGUUCCCAAGACUGUAUCCCCCUUAUUAGCCAGUGUGUCUUAACCAAAAUGAAGCCAACGCGCCAAAGGAGAUUUGUUUGGUCAGACAAAACUGAUAGGCAACUGGUGAUCCAAUAUGUAAAACACCGUGCCAUUCUUGGUGCCAAAUAUCAUCGCAUAGAUUGGACUUCAAUUUCUGAUCUUCCAGCUCCUCCAAGCGCUUGUAUGAGAAGAAUGAAUUUGCUGAAUAGUAACAUGAGAUUUAGGAAAGCUGUGAAUAGACUCUGUAACAUGCUCAGUGAACGAUAUGCAAAGCAAUUGGAGAAGUCCCAGAACUUGUCAUUAAACAAAGAUGAUUGCAAACAGUUUGUGCGAUCCCAGUCCUAUGGAGGUGUCCACAAUAAUUUUAGUCCUGAUGUUGAAACUCAAAUGACAAGUCUUAACGGAGAAGCUUGGGAUGACUUUGAGAACAAAGGCAUCAAGACAGCUCUUGGUGAGAUUCUUCGCUGCAAGAUGAUGGCUAAGCUGGAUGCCUCCUCACAAAAAGUUCAAUUGCAAUAUGAAGGGUGGUCGGAUGCAAAUGAAAAAGCUGAUGGAUAUGAAUCUCAAGAAAAUGAAGAAAUUACAUCCGCUAGUCCUAGUGAAAUUAUUCAUAGUCAUCACAGGAAGCCCCAAACAUUUUCUGCCCAAAGAUCACGUCGGCGUCGCCUUGAUAAAAAAUUCACUAGGUUUCUGAAUAAUAGGGCUAAUGGUUAUGGACAAGUAUAUGAAUCAUUGGCUGUCUCAAAUGCCAUAGAGCUAUUUAAACUUGUUUUUUUAAGCACCUCAACAGGUCCUCGAGCACCAAAUUUACUAGCUGACAUUCUUCGGCGAUAUUCAGAGCAUGAUCUAUUUGCUGCUUUUAACUAUCUUAGAGAGAAAAAAAUCAUGGUUGGGGGCAACGGCAGUGAACGUUUUGAAUUAUCACAGCAAUUCUUGCAUAGUGUUUCCAAGUCACCAUUUCCAUUUAAUACUGGAAAGCGAGCUGUUAAAUUUUCUGCAUGGCUGCGGGAAAGAGACAAAGAACUCACAGAAGUGGGUGCUAAUCUUGCUGAAGAUCUACAAUGUGGGGACAUUUUUCAUUUGUUUGCUUUAGUCUCAUCUGGCGAACUUUCAAUUUCACCAUGCCUACCAGAUAAUGGUGUUGGAGAGGCUGAAGAUUUGAGAAGUGCAAAGCGUAAAUAUGAUGCUACUGAGUCUUCCUAUAGUGAUAAAGCUAAAAAGUUGAAGUCCUUGUUUGGAGUAGAAGGAGAAAUUAUAUCUCGUCGGGAAAAAGGUUUUCCUGGUAUCAUAAUUUCUGCACAUCACACAACAAUUUCAAGAGCUGAUAUUUUAAAUUUGUUCAAGGAUAAUGAUAACAAUGGCCAACCUUUUGAGUUGAAUUUCCAAUCAAACAUAAGCCAAAGCAGUAAUUAUUCACUUCCUGAGCCUGACCAUAUGUUAGAAGUCACUAACACUUUUGACCCAAUACCUCUGGAAGAAAGUCAUGUUGAAUCACCCUGGGAAGCUAUGGCAUGCUAUGCACGACGUUUGAUGUCAGAAUCUUCCAAUCAAGAACAUGCCUAUGCCAUUUGUGCUGAGGUCUUCAGGGUCGUUUAUGCUUCUAUCCAAAAGGCUGGUGACCAAGGAUUAAGCAUGAGAGAAAUUUCCCAAGUUAUAAACUUGCCAGGAGCAGAGGUAGAUGGAUUGAUUGUUGAUGCUCUUCAAGCAUUUGGCCAAGCCUUAAAGGUCAAUGCUUAUGAUAGUGUCCGUGUUGUUGAUGCCUUAUACCGUCAAAAGUACUUUUUGACACCUGCUUCUGAUUUUCAUUGUGUUGUUCAACCUUCCUCAACCAAAAACAUUGAGAAAAGCAAUGAUACAUGUGAGCUUUACAAAUCAGAUGAAAGGGAUACUACUUCGGUUCAUACCAUGAGAGAAAGAAACACUGUUAUUGAUAAUGUGCACAAAGUUACAAUACUUAAUCUUCCACAUGGGGAUGUGAAUUCUGAAAAUCAAGCUAGCAAUAGGAAUGAAUGCUGUAAGCAAGACACAUUUGGCUUUUCUAGAGGUGAUCACGACAAAGAAACACUUAAAUUUUAUUCUGGUGAAUUAUGUGUGCCAAUAUUGCCAUGGAUCAAUGGAGAUGGGACCACCAACAACUUUGUUUACAGGGGACUCAGACGUCAUGUUCUUGGAAUAGUGAUGCAAAACCCAGGGAUAUUGGAGGAUGAUAUUCUACAGCAGAUGCAAGUGCUUAAUCCGCAGAGCUGUAGAACAUUCUUGGAACUGAUGGUUUUGGAUAAACACCUAAUUGUGAGAAAGAUGCAUCAAAAUAUAUAUGAUGUGGCCCCCUCCGCACUUCAGGAUCUUAUUGGAAGCGAAUCCAACCAAUCAAAGUCAAUUUACCGAGAGCAUUUCUUCGCCAAUCCCAUGAGUACUUCCUUGUUGUAGGAAUAUGUGGCACAUGACAUGUAAUUAUAUACUGUUUGUGUGUAUAAAAAGCAAAUUUAUAGGCAAAUUUGGAUACUGGUCUUUAAGUUUUUAUUUGGAAGAAUUGCAUCUUAGGCAAUCCUAGAAAAAUAUAUUUCAGGUUAGGAACUUAGGAUUUUGGAUAUUUGGCAAGUUUGGUUGCAGCAAUCCUACUUGAGUAAAGCAGAUUUAGUAAGAGACACUUCAUACAGAUUUUAUAAAGUUUAUCUAUUUAUUUCUUCCAAAAAUUUGCUGGGAUACUGACUCAUCGUCAUCACACUAAGUGUAAAGACUACCAUUAGUAUUUGUAGGCCGUUUAUUAUUAUUAUUAUUAUACCAAUACCAUUCAUUGCUGAUGUGAUGCAUUUUUACGUUACUUAGCUGGUGGUAGUUGGGUAACGCACAUGGAGUGUGGGGCAAAUGGUUUUUGUGGAGCAAUAGUAUGUAAUAGAUAAAUAACAUUCACCCCAUUCAUCUUCAAACUAAUUGACUAGAUUGAAUAUGCUGUCAAUCUGGAUUCAUUUAAAAGUUGUGUGUAGUGAAGUAGCGGUUUAUUAAUUGUACU